AUGUUAGGCGGACACCAAUUUAUUGAUACCAGUGCCUUGUUCAUGGUAAAUUACACUUCGGACAAGGUCCAUAUCACCAAAACACCACAAGAGAUGGCAGAGGCUGUUUCCGAUCUAAUCAUUCAAAUCAUCAAGGAGAAUGACCAAGCAAAAAAGCCUACCGUGUUGUGUUUGCCAACAGGCUCGACUCCAAUUCUCACUUACAAGGCUCUUGUUGAAAAACAUAGGAAGGGUCUUGUUUCUUUUGAAAAUGUUGUUACUUUCAAUUUGGAUGAAUACUAUCCAAUGGAACCAACUCAUAAACAAUCCUAUCACUACUUUAUGAAUGAAAAUUUAUUUAAUCAUAUUGAUAUCAAGAGAGAAAAUAUUCAUAUUCCAGAUGGAACUUUGAGUGAGGAUCAAGUAAAGGAAUUUUGUAUGAAUUAUGAGAAAAAGAUUAGAGAAUAUGGUGGUUUUGAUUUGGCAUUGUUGGGUAUUGGACGAACAGGUCACAUUGGCUUUAAUGAACCUGGAAGUCAUCUUUCCGAUCAAACCCGAUUAGUUUUAUUGGAUCAAAAGACCAGAUUAGAUGCAGCUCAAUCAUUCAAAGGAAUCUCAAAUGUUCCAACAAAAGCCAUCACACAAGGUAUCAACACUAUUCUCAAUUCGAAAGAAAUUAUUCUCAUGGCUACUGGUGAAUCAAAGGCUGCCAUUGUCAAGAAGGCAAUGGAAUUCAAAUAUGAAGACCCAUCCGACUGUCCAGCCACAUUCCUUCGAGUUCAUCCAAAUUGUCAUUACUAUUUUGAUAUUGCUGCUGGUAAUUUGUUGAAGAUUGUUAAAACUCCAUGGCUUAUUGAUAGAAAUUUCAAAGAUUGGACAUUUGAAUGGAAAAAGAAGGCAGUCAUUGAUUUGGCAAAGAAAACAGGAAAGGGAAUUUGUGAGCUGGGAUCUGAAGACUUUGCGCAAAAUGGUUUAACAAGUUUGUUGGCUCAUGAACAAUUCCAUACUGACAAGUUGUGUUUCAGUGUUUUUCAAGAUUUGAUGAAGAGAAUUGCAUUUGCUUCUGAGGAGUCUAAAAUUGUUCCAGACAACAUUAAUGAGCCAGUUUUGAUUUUCUCUCCUCACCCUGAUGAUGAUGUGAUUAGUAUGGGAGCCAUGAUGCAUUGUAUCAUUUCCAAGAGAAAAGAAAAAAUUGAGUCCUGA